CUGGUAAUACGGAGGCUGGAAAAUGAAAACCACCAGCACUUCUGAGCUCAGCCAAUCAGAGCGGGAGGGCGGGGCCUGGAGUUCAGGAACAGUCCCGCCCCCAGAUAUGCGACCUCUCCGUGCAGUUCUCCUCCAGGUCCGCCCAUGCUCCAUAUAAAGGAGGGCUCUGGGCUGAGCAGUCACUGCUUUCUGCUCACACCUAGAAGAUGUCUGGUCGCGGUAAAGGAGGGAAAGGGCUCGGGAAAGGCGGCGCCAAGCGGCACAGGAAGGUGCUCCGUGAUAACAUCCAGGGCAUCACCAAGCCUGCCAUCCGCCGUCUAGCUCGCAGGGGAGGCGUCAAGCGCAUCUCCGGCCUCAUCUAUGAGGAGACCCGCGGGGUGCUGAAAGUCUUCCUGGAGAACGUCAUCCGGGACGCCGUCACCUACACCGAGCACGCCAAGAGGAAGACCGUCACCGCCAUGGACGUGGUCUACGCGCUCAAGCGCCAGAGCCGCACUCUCUACGGCUUUGGGGGUUAA